AUGCCAGGGAAUCUGCUGAGCAAAGAAAAAGCAUACAAUUUACCACCCUUGUUACCCCCAGAAAGUAUAGAGCCACACCCAGGAAACCUCCCGGAAGGGCAAACAAAACCCUCAUUUUUGUUUUCUUUGAUCCAGAGACCAAAAUCAAUAAUUGAGAAGCUAAUUCAUCAAUGGGGUCUCUUUGAUUCAAGCUUCUGCAAAUGGGUAACGGUGUUUGUGUUUGGUUGUGGAUUGAGGUUUGUGUUGUUUUGUUCAUUUGAAGUGGAUGGUGAGUAA